AUGGCGACGGGUCAAAUUUUCUCGAAAACCACCCAAGCAUUAUUCUAUAAUUAUAAGCAACUCCCUAUACAACGGAUGCUUGAUUUUGACUUCCUCUGUGGGAGAGAAACACCUUCUGUUGCUGGAAUAAUCAAUCCUGGUUCUGAUGGGUUCCAGAAACUUUUCUUUGGACAAGAAGAAAUUGCUAUUCCGGUUCAUCCUACAAUUGAAGCUGCUUGCAAUGCACACCCAACUGCGGAUGUAUUUAUCAACUUUGCAUCUUUCCGGAGUGCGGCUGCUUCUUCAAUGUCAGCUUUGAAGCAGCCAACUGUCCGAGUUGUAGCCAUUAUAGCAGAGGGUGUUCCUGAAUCAGACGCAAAGCAGCUAAUUAGCUAUGCACGUGCUAACAACAAGGUCAUCAUUGGACCUGCAACAGUUGGAGGAGUUCAAGCUGGUGCUUUCAAGAUUGGUGAUACUGCUGGAACCAUUGAUAACAUAAUUCAAUGCAAGCUGUACAGGCCUGGAUCAGUUGGUUUUGUGUCUAAAUCGGGUGGCAUGUCAAAUGAGCUGUACAACACGAUUGCAAGAGUGACUGAUGGUAUUUAUGAAGGAAUUGCAAUUGGUGGGGAUGUUUUCCCUGGCUCAACUCUUUCAGAUCACAUUCUGCGUUUUAACAACAUACCCCAGGUUAAAAUGAUGGUUGUUCUUGGGGAGCUUGGAGGAAGUGAUGAGUAUUCACUCGUCGAAGCCUUGAAACAAGGAAAGGUUCAGAAACCUGUUGUUGCUUGGGUUAGUGGGACAUGUGCACGCCUAUUCAAAUCUGAGGUCCAGUUUGGCCAUGCUGUAAGUUGUAAACAAGGUGCGAAGAGCGGUGGUGAGUUGGAAUCCGCACAAGCUAAGAAUCAGGCACUAAGGGAUGCUGGGGCAGUUGUCCCGACUUCAUUUGAAGCUCUUGAAAGUGUGAUUAAGGAGACAUUUGAGAAGCUGGUUGAGGAAGGAAAUAUUCCUCCUGUCCCUGAGGUUACACCUCCCCCCAUUCCUGAGGAUCUUAAAACUGCCAUUAAAAGUGGGAAGGUCCGAGCUCCCACACACAUUAUCUCCACUAUCUCUGAUGAUAGAGGUGAGGAACCUUGCUAUGCUGGUGUGCCCAUGUCUACAAUUAUUGAAAGGGGUUAUGGAGUUGGUGAUGUUAUUUCUCUUUUGUGGUUCAAGCGCAGCCUUCCUCGUUAUUGUACUCAAUUUAUUGAGAUAUGCAUCAUGCUUUGCGCUGAUCAUGGUCCUUGUGUAUCCGGUGCUCACAAUUCUAUAGUUACUGCUAGGGCUGGCAAGGACCUUGUUUCCAGCUUGGUAUCUGGAUUAUUGACAAUUGGCCCCCGAUUUGGUGGUGCAAUUGAUGAUGCCGCUCGGUACUUCAAAGAUGCAUAUGAUAGGGGUCUUACGCCUUAUGAAUUUGUUGAGGGCAUGAAAAAGAAGGGAAUCCGUGUCCCUGGGAUUGGUCACAGGAUCAAAAGCAGAGACAACAGGGACAAGAGAGUGCAGCUUUUACAGAAAUAUGCUCACACACACUUCCCUUCAGUCAAGUACAUGGAGUACGCUGUUCAGGUUGAGACCUACACCCUGUCAAAGGCCAACAAUUUGGUUAUGAACGUUGACGGUGCGAUUGGCUCGCUUUUCUUGGAUCUUCUUUCUGGGAGUGGAAUGUUCAGCAAGCAAGAGAUCGAUGAGAUUGUAGAGAUUGGGUAUCUUAAUGGACUCUUUGUGCUUGCACGUUCAGUUGGCCUAAUUGGCCACACCUUUGAUCAGAAGAGGCUCAAGCAACCACUCUACCGUCACCCUUGGGAGGAUGUCCUCUACACCAAGUGA